UUUUGAAUUUUUUUUUGUCAGUUGGUUAAUUUAACAAAUUUUACAUCCGUUUCUGAUCAUUUACUUAUAGUGAGCUACGAAUAAAUCAGUAAGAAUCACGGUUUGAAUAUGAAUGGAGAGGAUUUAAGUUACGCAAAAAUGCUUUAUGCAAGAUGUAAACAUUGAAAUUCGCUCAAAAUUAUGGAUCAAAAUAAUUUAAUACUACAGAAGCUUAUUCCCAAGCUAGUUACUAAUUUAACAGGAUUUAAGCCAAAUAAUGAAAACUUCAAAAUUUGUGUCGAUUAUUCUUGGUCGAAUUUCAAGCAUCACAGAUUUCUGUCGCUUAAUAGUCAUGAAAUCAAGCGUGACAUUGAAGGAAUAUGCCAAAAGUUUAAGUUUAAUCACUUCCAUGAUGAAGAGAAAAUCAUGAGAAGGCUGUUUGAGCAGUCAUUGUCUCACGAAAUAUCAAUUAAUCAUCCUCAACGGGAAGUUAUGUAUUCAAUCAUUAGCUUUUUAACAAGUUUAGCUUAUGAUCCAAUAAAUAAAUUAAAAGAUAAGAAAAGAAAAGGACUUCCAAUUUUCAUAAAACAACAGGUUAAUGAACAGGAAGAGAAUAUACUUACAGCUAGAAAACAUUUCAUUGAUACUCUCCUUCAAGACAACUUCUUACUGUCCAAAAAUGAUACAGACUCAGACUUGAGUGAAUGGACAGAAUCGGAUGAUGACGAUAGGGUUAAAUCCACAGAAGAAUCAGAAGUUGAAAGUAAGCAAUCUCAUGUUAAGUCCACAAAACUUCAACCUCCACAAAAACCAUCCGUAUACGAAAAAGUAAAACUUGAUAAUACAUUAAAAUGGCUCAAAGAUAAUGUUCAAAACUGUUGGUGGAAUAUUGAGGAAAUGACAAAUGAUGAAGUGUCAAGUAGUCAUAAAGCAGCCAAUUUCUAUACAGACUGGCAGCGUCAUUUAACAAGAAAGUCAUUAGGAUUCAUUAAGCCACCGCCUGUAUCAUUAUUAUCAGAAUACUGUCUAUUAAGAGAGAUUUUAUGGAUGUUUUUAAAUCCAGUCAAUUGUAAAUUCUUCAAGCUUGAGAUAGGGGAAAUAAGUCUCAGGCAUGACGUCUGCAUGCCAAGCACAACAAUUGAAUCAUUAAACAUAUUUCUAGCAGAACUUGUUAAGCCAAUGAAUAUUAUGUAUCGACUAAAAUUGAGCAUAACAAAUGCAUUAAAAAAUCCAGCACUGAAUCACACAUUAGAGAAUUAUUAUGGAUUAAUUGAGACGUUUCUGGACGAAAUAACUGAAUUUUUUGUUAAAGAAGAAGAAAUAUUAAAGGAAGAUGAAGGAAUUUACACAAUAAUCACUUUACAUGAUAAAAUGCAGCCACAUUCGAAAAUGCUUGAUAUGCUCUAUAAUAUUCAUAAAUCCUGCAUCUUGAAUGAUGAUAAAUAUCCAUCACAUAUUCAUGCUUUAUAUUUAAUUGCGAAUCUUCAUCAACACGUCCAUAAAAGUUCCAAUAAAGAGCAAAAGAAUCUGUCAUUAACAUUUUUGCUAACAUGCUUGAAGACAUACCUAGAAAUAUUUGAUAUUUGGUGGACGGAAGCAAGACUGCAUGACUCGAAACUUGAGUUUCUUGUCGAAAAGGUUCUAAUAGGUGAUUUUGAGCUUAUCCAGCCACGACUAAUUGCCAAAUGUAAGGAAAAAGCAUUUUAUAUUAGCGAUAAAGUAUCAAGUAAAAUCAUAGAUGAUGCAAUUGUGUCCACAUUAAACUGUUAUGCUGUCGAGGCGAGCUUUACAUUAGAGGUGAUUAGUAAGCUUGAUCGAAUCCAUGAAAUUAAACAGAUUGGUGACAUUUCGAAGACACUUUAUGAUGCAUUUAUGGAAUUAAUACAUGAAGAGAUUCAAAAAUUGGCAUCCAAUAAGGAAGAGAUUAAAAAACAAAGUCCAAAGAUAAAUGAUACAAUUAUGUCAAAUAAUGAGAAGCUUGUCUCGGAUAUUGGCAGUGAAAUGAUAGCUGAGAAUGAUGACAUUAUGUAUUUAAUCUUUAAUUCCACAUUCGAAAGUCUUGCAAUAAAGGAAGAAAAAGUUGAUGCAUCGCCAAUUGAAAUGUAUAGAAUGCUGAAUAAUGCUACAGACUCGAUAUUUAUGCCAAUUGAAGGAAGCUUAGAACGAAUUAUUAGAAAGCUGUUGGCUAAGAAGAUUGGAAUCGCUGAGCGAUUUGUCAUGGAUAUUUAUUUCAAUGAAUUUCAAGUUGAUCAUUAUCUACAAGAUGUCAGAAAGGUAUACUUCCUCGAGUCAAAUGAAUUGAUCAAUUUGUUUAACAUGACAUUGUUCUCUCAAAUGGAAGGCAGUGAAAAAUGGGCUAAUUCAUAUCUCCUUACUGUUCUAUUCAAUGAAACAAUCUCAAGAGAUACAACAUUAUUUACGGUUCAUGUCAAUAAGAUUUUGGGUCAUCAUACCGUACUCGAGGCAAUUGAUGAACUCACAAUUUAUCUCAAUGUCAACAAUAAUCAUUUUGAUAAUAUAUUUACGUCAUCGUGCAUCAACAAGUAUAACGAAGUGUUCAGAUUCUUACUCAAAAUCAAAUAUGCACAACGGAUAUUAAAUUGUCUACUAUUUCCCGAUUUUUAUAAGCACCGACCACCCUAUGCCAAAUUUACAAUGCUCGAUUUAGUGAUUAAGCGAAUAUCAAUUACAAGAUUCUCUAUGCAGCAUGCAAUAACAAUGAUACAUAAUCACAUAAUGAUCUCUCUACAGAGUCUCAGCAUCCAGUUUGAGGAGAAUGUUGCCAAAACUAAUAAAAUCACAGACUUAAUAACACUCCAUGAAAAAUUUGUUCAGAACUUCCAUUCGAAAGCUCUUUUGGGUAAUGGAUCAAAAAGAAUACGUGGAAUUGUCUCGGAAGUGCUGAAAUUGGCAAAAGUCAUCACAAAUGAAUGGCACAAUAUCGUGACUUUCUAUGAACUUGAUUCGACUGGACAGACAAUCGAUGACUCAAUAUCUCUUACAAAACUUAAUAUAAACACAAUCGAAAUUGAAAAGGCAUUCAAAAUGUGUGAGAAACAGUUAAAAGAUUUAUUAUAUUACUAGUAACAUGCUUCAUAGUUGUAUUAAAAAUAAUUUUAGUGAAGUUUUCUCUUCAAAAUGUUGCGUUUGUUUCGUUUUUAACGUCUAAGAUUUUGCGUUAAGGGUGUUUGGAUCAAAAUAUCAAAAUUUUCAACAACUACCCACAUUUUUUUGAAAAUUUAACGGUUAUUUUGAUAAUAUUUACUAUAAUAGCCCCUCUUCUUAAAUCUUGGAUGUCAUUAGUGAACGAUCCUUGCAUGUUUAUCAGAUAUUUGCACAAGAUUUGUUAACAAAAAUAAACUUUAAUCGAUGUCUUCAAUAAAGGCUCAAUUUUUUCGCAAAUAAAAUAUAUUUUAUUAGUAAAAAUGUUGCCUUAUCGAAUUAUUUUGAUGAUGGCAAAAAAUCCCCAAUAAUCUUUGUAUCUUGUAUCAUGUAUUUUAUAUAAAUAAAGUCAUAAGGCAUGGUCAAAUUCUAAAGAAGAUAACAGUAUAAAAAAUUUAUUUUUGUGGCACUUCUAGCCUGCGUACGGGAAAAAUAUUGUGUAAAAAUAACAUUUAUUAAAUUUAUGACUUUAAGGAAAAGACCAUGCUCAAGAACUGUUCAUAAUGAAUAGUAAUGACACCUGAUUGAUUUGUAUCAUAUGCCCGAAAUGCAUUUGUUAAUGUAUAUAAUGUGACACAGCAUUGAAUAAAGUCAUCAAAUAAGACAGUUCCUCGUCCAUAUCGAUCAUAUUUUCUUAUUAGCAUUUCUACAAGCCAGUCACUCAAACGAUAUCCGAAUGAUGUUAGUGCUGUCUUUAAUUCAUUUUUAUCAAUUGAUCCUGAAUUGUCUGUGUCAAAGCUACGGAAACAGUUUUGCCAGUCUGUAACGUAUUUCCACAAAGCUCCAAAAUCUUGAAAAUUGACUGUUCCUGUAUUUUGUUUGUCAAACAUUCCAAUCAUGAGCCUAAUAGUUUCUUUGUUGAAU